AAACGCUGUAGCUCCAAGCAACCUGGAAGAAUAUAUAUAUAAAAAUGUCUAGAGCCAUAUUACCAUUCACAGAAGCCAACUCUAAGAGGGUGGCAUCUUUGUUCAGACAAGCUUUGAGAACCGCAUUCGACAGCUCAUUGAAGUUCGAUGCCUAUAGAGCAGAAACCAUAAAGAUCAGAGCACAAUUUGAGGCCAAUAAGCACAUAUCUGAUCCAACUGAGUUGGAAAGCGUCAUUGCUGCAACCAGGGCUAAGUUGGCUGAAUAUGCCCACCCUGACCCAUACUUCCCACCAUGCAGACCAGGUGGUACCAAGUACCAAAGAAACAUUCCAGUUGCAAGAGAACCUCUUGUCCCAGGUGACUGGUAAUCAACAAAUAGGCAUUCAGCGAUGUGUUCGAGGUUUAUCUGAUACACCUACGCUGUCGGACCUAGGCUAAAUUUUGUUUUCUAAAUGAACUCCAAAUCAUUAGCGCUGGUCCUUUCUAGCAUUCAUACAAGGCGUAAGAAUUAUGAAUAGUCAAGUAAUUAUUGACACUCAUAUUUAAGCGAACUUUACUGAUCAAUAAGGCUCUUCUGUCCAUUAUUUGUAUCUCUCUUCUUAGACUGGUAUUACCUAUUGUAGCUGUUAUAUCAGUAUGUUCCUGAAUAAGGCAUGACUCAUUCAAGUACAUGUACAUUUAAGGAUACUUUCUUUGUAUAAAAAUAAUAUAAACAAUUUCUAG